AUGCUAAGGGAAUGGUACUCUCUUAUUGGUCAAAGGAAUAGAGCUCUCAUUGCGUCGUUCCGGCAGGAGUGGGCAGCGUCGCUGGAGGAAGCGCCGCUAGAGACUAGGAACCUGCCGCUGUACGGGCUGCCGGUGAGCGUGAAGGAGAACAUUGAUGUGGAGGGGCGUGACACCACCCUGGGUCUGGCCAAGAACCUCUACCGCCCCGCCUUCCGCCACGCCGCCCUCGUCCAAGCCCUGAAGGCUCAGGGUGCCGUCCCCUUCUGCAAGACCAACGUCCCCCAGACUUGCAUCAGAUACGGCUGCAGCAAUCCCGUGUGGGGCGAGACUGUCAACCCAGCCAACACACAGCGUACCUCUGGCGGUUCCUCAGGAGGCGAGGGAGCACUGGUAGGCGCGGGUGGGUCUGUUCUUGGGGUGGGCUCGGACCUCGGGGGCAGCGUGAGGAUCCCAGCCCACUUCUGCGGCGUGGUGGGCCUCAAGACCACUAGAGGAAGACUGAGCACACAGGGCGUCCUCAGCGUCAUGAACGGUGACGUCGGCAUUCGUGGGUCGCCGGGACUGUUGGGUCGUGACGUGGAGAUCGUGGUGGCUGGCCUGAGGGCGUUGCUGGAGGGCGGCUGCAUGUUCGAAUUGGACCCUCAGUUGCCGCCAAUCUCCUGGCGACACCACCUCUACACCGACGACCGCCCGCUCCGUGUAGGCUGGUAUGACGAUGAUAACGUGUUCCCUAUUACCCCCGGCUGUCGGAGAGCCGUGGCCGAAGCUCGCGACGCAUUUCACGCCGCUGGACACCAUAUCGUGGCCUUCUCUCCUCCAGACGUGCGACAUGCCUGGAACCUGAUCACCGCAAUCUAUACGGCCGACCAGGGACGCACUGUGCAGCACCUCCUGGACGGUGAGGUUGUCGACCACUCCAUCUCUACCAACAAGAAAUUGGCAGCGCCCAAGUUCAUCAAGGCCAUCAGGAAACAAAUUGUUCACAGAAAGUCGCCACUUAUGGCUGAUCUUUUUACAAGUGAGGCCUCAUCAUCACACCAGCUGUUACGGGUGUUGGGGUCACAGGCAGAGUACGUGGAAGAGUUUGUUGACGCCUGGACCAGCUGCCACCUAGACGUGCUUCUGUGUCCAGCCUUCCCUAUGCCUGCCCCUCCCCCAUCCUACCCCACCAAGACCAUGGCUGCCCUGUUAACUACCUGCCUCUACAACCUGUGUAACUUCCCGGCUGGUGUUGUUCCCGUCACCCACGAGACGGAAGAGGAUCAAGAGAAGCUCGAAGACUACCCGACCACUGACUUAAUGUUCCAACUGGUUAAGGAGGCUACCAGAGACGCCACGGGACUGCCCAUCGGCGUGCAAGUAGUGGCUCUACCCUGGCAGGAGGAGUUGUUGUGCCGGGCCAUGAGGGACCUCCAAGACCAGCUCAAGAUCGCCCACGUUCACAAGUAGCCUACCUCACCCCCUAAAUUCCUGGACCACAGCCCUUGCAGUCUUCAGGCCACAGCCCCUGCAGUCCUCGGGCCGCAUCUCCUGCAGGCCCCAAGCCAUAUCCCCAUAGUACUCGGGGUCAUUCUGUUCAUAGUCCCCGGGUCGUCUGUCCCCAACAGACCCCGGGCCACAUCUCAGAGUUUGAAGUGCUUGGACCACAUAAGGGGACGAUUACCUCUGAGGCUGUGUACACCUGUCCUGCUCAAGGUAUAUGGAAGUGGGACUCGGAUGAAUUAGAUGCAUAUGUAGAAUAUUAGGUACAUGUGAGGGAGGGAUGACUUCUUGUAUACAGUAUGCACAAGGUGUACUUUGUGUUAAUGCUCUUUAAAAACUGCGGUGAUCAUAUUAGUUCACACAAUGCUGUAGUCAUCACUUAGUAAUUUACAUAAAGAUACACUUCUCUCUGGGUGUACUUAAUGUGACCUUCGGGUAAUCAUAGUCAUUAAGCAGUUAACCUUUUCAACGAUUGUUAUUAAAAUUUGUCACUGUAUUGUUAGUUACCUAAAUUAUAAAGUGACCUGCCCGCGACCAAGGACAGGUGGCAGUGCCAGGCUAUUACAGUCCAGGGACGGUCACUGUGUCACGCCCUACUGGUGCCAUCCACCACUAUGUAUUGUAUGUAGUGUUAUUCUAACUCACUGUAACUUGAUUCUAAGGACACUAAUAAGCCGCAGUAAUAGUAGUAGCAGUCAUCAGUUGGGAGUCGAACCUGUGUCUUGAAGCAUCAGAAUCCCGCGCUCUAGUGUUCUCACCGUCCAGCAGACCCCUCGUGGCUCUGACUCACUCGUCUUGUAAAGUGUCUGAGAUGUUCACAGAUUAGUGUUAUUGUUCACACGAUGAUGAUCGUCAACCUCCUAACAUGUACAAUCUUCUGGUGUAUAGAUUUAGACAUGAUGUGUGAGAAGUAAAGGUGUCUUCCCCGUCACCGUGCAGAUGGUGGUCCUCAAGGCGUAACUCCGACUCUAACCUGUGGUGAUGUAGUUCCUCUUCCACUGUGUCUCUGUCUCCCUGGAUCACCGCACCUGCUGCUCUGUGUUAAUGACAUCAUAUUUCUGGUUGAGCCAGCAGCUCUGUAUGUGACUGUCACUGAGUAAGAAUGUGACUCACUGUCUGAAGAACAAUAUAUUUUGUCCACACUGGCGAGCUGUUGGGUGAGUUUAGUUAUUGUUUAUUUAUAUAAAAACUUGUUUUCAUUAUUAUACAAACAUUUCUCACUGCCGUACAGCGAGCAGGAGGCAGCUGCUGUUAUACAAUAGCUUCCAAAUUACUGUGUUCAUAUUUAAUUUAACAGUUUGAGUGUUAUUAACUCGAGCUAUUGUGUGGCGGCCAGAGGUGUUACAGGGAGACCGUCAACACUACAGUAUCUCAGUAGAUGUUUUAUGUAUAAACUUGUGUGAUUCUUGUCAGCAGAUAUACAUGGCUGACCUGAAACUGUCGGAUUAAGAAAGCUUUCACAACUUUUACAUUACUGAACGCGUUACAGUAGAUUAUAGUCACGUUACAUCUAACUGUUUAAUGAGUCAAGACGGAUCUAACUGCGUCUUGAACCUUUAACGUGACCGUGAGUGACCUGGAGUUACUUCCCAACGCACACGACGGCCACCAGCGGGGACCGUCACUCAGUUCUGUACAAUAAAACACGAAGACAGAACUGCCGAGGAAGAGUGUCGUAACCAUCCUAACUCUCACUGUGUGUAGAUGACUCUGUGAAGGAAUCUACGGUGGUACUUUUAUAUAAAUGUUCAAUAUUAAAUCAAAUAAUAAACUGCACUAAA